UGAGUAUAUAACGUACUUCGUAUCACAGCUCCCCUAGGGAGGCCCGCCGGCGAGCUGACCACUUGUGGGACAGGACGGGGAGGGUAUCUUGGUCUGACGUUCGCGUAACUCGUGUCCUUUCGUGUAUGCUGAUAUGCCCUUUUCUAGACGCUACAAGACUGCACCUUUUGCAGAGCAACUCCUCGAAAUUCUCCGCUCCAUCCGCGCUCCAUCUUGGUCUGACCCGGUCAUCGUCUCGAGCAAGGUCAGCAUUCAGAAGGUAUCGGGCUCUUUGACGAAUGCUGUCUUUUUCGUGUCGUGUCCGUCGGUGCCCAAGGCGCGCAUUGUCUUGCUGCGUGUGUACGGACCAUCAUCCGGCAACCUCAUUUCACGCCCGCACGAACUGCACACCCUCCACGUGUUAUCCUCGGAGUACCGCAUUGGCCCUCGUGUUUAUGGCACAUUCGAAAAUGGGCGUAUAGAGGAGUACUUUGACUCCACUGCCUUGACGGCCAACGACCUGCGCGACCCUGAGAUAAGUUCCUGGAUCGGCGCUCGGAUGGCUGAGCUGCAUGGCGUAGACAUUGACGCUGUCACCUACGGCGCUCAGCCUGCUGACGGCCCCGAAAGAGGCAACCAGCUCGGUGUUCACAAGAACGUCAAGGCUUGGCUCCCCUCUGCACGAGAGGUGCUAGAACUGCCGGGAGCUCCAGAGGAAGUUCGCAAGAGCCUUGACUUGGACCGUUUUGAGCGGGAAUGGCAACUCUACGCCCAGUGGUUGCAUCAGAAAGAGAAGACCAGUGGCGCCAGUCGACGAGUGUUCGCGCACAAUGACGCGCAGUACGGCAACCUGCUGCGUUUGCGAACGCUGAAGGAAGGCUUACCUGCACAUCGCCAGAUCAUCGUCGUCGAUUUCGAGUACGCAGCCCCCAACCCCGCCGCAUUUGACCUAGCGAACCACUUCCACGAAUGGACCGCGAACUAUCACGGGAACACUCCUCACAUCCUCGACCCUUCGCGGUACCCCUCCGCGGAGGAACGCCGGAACUUCUACCGCGCGUACCUCACCCACGCCGACCGCCACAUCGACGCGCCAGCGUCAGCACCUAUCCCCGCGGUCGUCUCAGAUGUGUCCGACGACGCGCUUGCGGCGAAGAUGGAGAAGCUCGAGGAGCACGUCCGCGCCUGGAACCCAGCGUCGCACGGCAUGUGGGCCAUCUGGGGCGUCGUGCAGGCUCGCGAGCUUGUGGAAGGGAAGGAUGGCGAACCCGAGUUCGACUACCUCGGCUACGCGCAAUGCCGCAUGGACGGCUUCCGUCGCGAGUUGCGCGCGCUGGGCAUCCCAGGGCUUGAGCAGCUGCCGUAAUCGUCCCGCGAAAUUUUUAGCCCUUUGCCCCCCUACGCCUUGCCUGCGCCUUCUCCCUACUGGAACGUUUCCAAGCUCACCAUUUCCUCUUCCCCGAAAGCCCCUUGUGCACCACGUGCCACAUCUGUUUCAUCCCAAGCGUCUCGCUUCGUCAAUCAUGCCGUGAAGCUUCCGAUGAGCGGUUUCUGUGGCCGAGGAACGUCAGUCGAGCCCCCAUCUCAGCGUCGUGGCGUCGUUCAGGCUAGACAUUCCACAAACCCUCCAUCUGAAGCCGUAGAGUAUGCUAUAGCACGCUUCUACUGUACAGCCGUCCUACGCUAUCGUAUACCAU